AUGAGUGAAUGUACUUGUAGUAGUCCGGAAGAAGCCAUUGCAAGACUAGCUCAGCAAGGUGGGAAAGUCGAUGAAGAUACAAUCGCACAGCUUUACGAUCAAUUGAAACCAAUCGAGCCCUCAUUUUUGUGCAAAGAUGGUGGUGAAUGGGAAGGUGGUGUCUUCGAUACUGGUCACUCUGGUAUUGCAGUAGUGAAGAACAUUAAUUGGGCAGGCAAAACAUUUAAGUCAGAAAAUGAUGUGGAUUCAGCAAUGGUAUAUGACAAGGAUGGCAACCGUGUUUGGUGUGAACAAUAUGGUCAUGCUCGAGUAAGUUUUCUUUGCAUUAACUCAAAAUGA